AUGGAUUCAAAAUAUUACGUUCUAAUAAAUUAUUCGAAAAUACGAAUACAUCCCAAAAAUUCAACGCAAGAUGGCGCCUGUCAAUAUCGAAAACGUGUGUACACCCACCGAAAACCGAGUUGUCGUUGCUCCGCUGUCAGUCAGACACGUCAUUAUUUAUUUUCUAGUCCGGUCGUUCUGCGCUCGUAUAUUUGUUAUAAUUUCCAAUUGCCGGAAAACGUUGAUUCAUUUUCACGACUUCCUGUAGAAAAUCUCUUACCCAAUAGCAUCCAAUCAGACAGAAUCAUGGACGACACAUCGAACGCGUUGCUUUUCGAUGCCCGGAAUUUCUAUUACAUCGGAAAUUUCAUGAGUUGCAUUAACACGGUUCUGCCGGAGCAAACCACCGGAACACCGGAUCUUCUGGCUUAUUCGUAUUACUCCUAUUUGGCCAUUGAAUCGGCGCGUUUGAUAAACAGCGAGAUUAAGGAGAACAAUCCAACAGCUUUGGUGGCGUUCCGGUAUUUGUAUGAGUACUUGGAAAACCCGGAAAAGCGUGAGGAAAUCACACAGUUUUUCAUUAACAAGCUCCAGGGCGACUUGGGGGAUACGAACAUUUGGCUUAUGACCGGAGCAAUUGUGUUUUGUCGCGAGGAACUCUAUGAGAACGCAUUGAAAGUACUCCAAGGUAACGAUGACCUCGAAUGCAUGGCUCUAUCCAUCUACUGCCUCUUGAAGAUGAAUCGCAUCGACUUAGCCAAACCAAUCCUAGCUAAAAUGCAGGAGAAAAGUGACGACGCGACGCUAACACAACUGGCGCAAGCCUGGAUUGGAGUUUUAAGCGGUGGCGAUCAACUCCAGGAUGCCUAUCAUAUUUUCCAGGAGUUUUGCGACAAAUAUUCAGCGACACCACUCCUGCUCAACGGCCAGGCAGUUUGUCAUAUUGGCCAGGAACGGCAUGACGAGGCGGAAGAUGUCCUGAAGGAAUCCUUAGCCAAGAAGCAUAACGAUUACGACACGUUGGUUAAUUUGAUUGUUUUGUCACAUUUGACGGGGAAAAGUGCAGAAGUUAUUGGACGUUAUGUGGAGCAAUUGAAGCAAUUCUAUCCGAACAGUGGAUUUGUCACGGAUUAUACGAAAAAAGCAAGCGAAUUUGAUCGAUUGUGCCUACAGUAUCAGGAGUCAAAUAAAGUUGCGCCAUUGUAUUAAGUUUCGUUGGGAAAUUGGAUUUCCAAAUGAUGAGAGAAUCAAUAAAAUCCAUUCUCGUUAUAUUUCCAAAAUAGUGUUUAGGCGACGAGAAAAUUUGUGGUACUUGAAAGGCGAUUUUUGUUAUAGGAAAUAUUGUGACCCGAUAUCAUUAGGGAUCAAUAAAAUCACGAGUAAGGUUGAGAGUGA